AAAGUCACUGUCACUCGCAGAGUAACGGUGGUAAGGAAACAGUGUGACCUGCAGCGGCUUCGAUUUGUGUCAGUCACACGGCGGCAACUGACCCACCAUGAGAGUUUUAAUAGGAGGAGGAUCUGGCUUUGUAGGCCGUGAACUGACUCGCAUGCUCAGGGACAAGGGUCAUGAGGUCACAGUGAUAUCUCGCAAGCCUGGUCCAGGGAAGAUAACAUGGGGUGAGUUAGAGUCUCAUGGCCUCCCACCAUGUGAGGGCGCUGUCAACCUGGCUGGAGAGAAUCUGAUGAACCCACUACGAUGGUGGAAUGAAAGCUAUAAAAAGGAUUUGUUCUCCAGUCGUAUCGACACUACAAAAACUUUGGCUCAAGCCAUUGCUACCUCCUCCAGUCCCCCUCACUCCUGGGUUCUGGUUUCAGGUGUGGCUUGUUACAGGCCCAGUCUGACAGCUGAGUAUACAGAAGACAGUGACUGGACGCCAUUUGACCUCCUCUCCAAACUUGUGAAAGAGUGGGAGGCUUCUGCACUUCUUCCUGAAAAUGUGACUAAAACCACCAAACAAGUCGUCAUCAGGCCUGGGGCAGUAUUGGGCCGUGAUGGUGGUGCCAUGAAGCAAAUGCUGCUCCCCUUUUGGCUUGGCCUUGGUGGCACUCUGGGGUCAGGAAGACAGCCGUUCCCCUGGAUCCACGUCUCUGACCUGGCAGGAAUUAUUUCCCAUGCCCUGGAGCCCUCUGCCGACACUCCCUCGCCAGCACCACAAGUGUUAAACGGAGUUGCACCUGCGCUGAACACCAACUAUGAGUUCACUAAAGAACUGGGCCGGCUCCUGAGGAGGCCCACUAUUUUUCCUGUGCCUAGCUUUGUCAUGAACAGCCUACUGGGCUCUGAGAGGGCCGUGGUCCUCACACAGGGCCAGAAAGUCAUACCAAAGAGGACUCAAGAGGCCGGAUAUGAGUACAAGUACCCAGACUUGACCUCAGCCCUGAAAGAGAUUGUUGGGAGUUGAAAGCUGACCUUAAAUAUUCUGUGAUUGUGUGUUUGUAUUUAAUGAAUUACAAUAAUCAGAACUCAAGAUCUCAAAUGGGUCUGAGCACUGCUUGAAAUAUCACGUAAGACCAGUUUAUGAAUGCGGUUUACUGAGAGUCAGAUAGAAUCAAUGGAAGUGAAUACAGGUGUGUACAUCUAGGUUGCACUGGGAUCUGAUCUGAUCUUCAGUCAUUGAUGGACUUCAUAGCAUAACAAAAAUGGCAAAUGAGUAAAAUUUCAAGGUCCACAUCAAGAUGAUCCACUUCUCUCAAUGACCACAGAUGUAUAUAUAACAGGGAUGAUGUUUUUCCAGAUUGUUAAUUUUUACCUGAAGCACUAAAACAAGCAAGAGGAAAUGUCCUAUCAUCCAUUUUGUGACUUUUCAAAUAUCACAUUACUGUCCAAAUUGCAGCAUGCUUGUUACAUGAAGUGAACUAUGAUUUUGUUGAAGGUGGUGCACAAUAAAGCUGGGUAAAGUACUUUCGUUGUGACAUUUUAUCGAAGUUAUCAAAGGUUGUUAAAUGACUCGGUAACAACUCCAGUAAGGAAACAAAGUUCUGCUGAAUGAAAAACUAGUGAGUUCUUUGUCAACAGGCUUAUCUGAGUUUUAGGGUGUCUCCAUUGUUUCAAAAGUCUAAAGAAUGCGUCUCUUCCUGGCCGAAUAAUCACUCUGAGUCACUCUGGACGUCGUCAUCGACUCUUUGAAUCACUGGCAGUUGAUCUCCCCAGUCGCUGGUCCGGGC